UUCUCUAAAUUGUUCCUCUGUCACAACAUACCUCACAAAGACCCCUCAACUCCGUCUUCCACCUCGCCCAGAGACUCCCACCACCACCAUCUUGACCACCCGCGCCGGAGCCAUCGUUCACCAUCCCCUGAUCCGUCGCCGCCUCCUCCUCCAUCGUCCGCGCGAUCGACAGCCGUCGACUCCCCGUCGGAACGUAUAAUUUUUGUUGCCAUGGCCGGAUCCCUCCGUCUUCCUUUUUUCCGGUUCCACUUCCUCCUCCUCCUCCUUGCUUUGAUCUAUCCUUCCAAGGCGGAGAUCAAGACCCUAGAUAUUUCCAGCGACUCCCGCCAGAUCAUCCUCUUCGAGAAGUUCGGGUUCAACCAGCGCGGCACCGUCUCAAUUUCUCUCUCGGGCGUCUCCUCUUCCUCAUCCUCCGCGGCCGCCCCUACAGUCGACCCUUCCCUCCUUGGAUUCUUCCUCAUCUCCGAUGAGAGCCUCAUCCAGGCCGCCUACUACUCGCAGCAGAACCCUAACCCUAGCUCGUACCCCGACUGUGUCCUCAUGAGCCCAUACGUCCACGUCCUCUUCAACUUCAGAGAUCUCUCCCCUCCGCUGCCCGCCGGCGCUUAUAACCACUCUUUCAAUGUCACCCAGCCAGAUGAGUACAGCCUCUACUUCGCAAAUUGCGCCUCUGAUGCCGCCGCAGUCUCCAUGUCGGUCCGCACCGAGAUGUACAACGCCCGCUCUGACGGCUCGCCCGACUACCUUUCCGUGGGCCAGUCCCCCGUGCCCUCUCUCUACACCUUUUUCGCGGUCGCCUAUGCCGUCUUCCUCGGCCUGUGGAUCUACCUCACCCUGUUCCAGGACCGGCUCUCCGCACACCGGAUCCACCAUCUGAUGUCCGGGCUUCUGCUCACCAAGGCCCUCUACCUCGUCUUCGCCGCCGAAGACCAGCACUACAUCCGGAAGACCGGCACCCCGCACGGGUGGGACGUCCCCUUCUACCUCUUCCAGUUCCUGAAAGGCGUUCUCCUGUUCACUGUUAUCGUCCUCAUUGGCACCGGGUGGUCCUUCCUCAAGCCCUUCCUCCAAGAGCGUGAGAAGAAGGUGCUGAUGAUCGUGAUCCCGCUCCAGAUAAUAGCUAACAUUGCUUCCGUCGUGAUCGGCGAGACUGGGCCAUUCAUUAAGGACUGGGUCACAUGGAAUCAGGUGUUCCUCCUCAUCGACAUCAUCUGCUGCUGCGCCGUCCUGUUUCCGAUCAUCUGGUCCAUCAGAUCUCUGCGGGAGACAUCGAAGACCGAUGGGAAGGCUGCGAGGAACCUCAAGAAGCUCACACUUUUCCGACAGUUUUACAUCAUUGUGAUUGGAUAUCUGUACUUCACGAGGAUUGUUGUGUAUGCAUUGAAGACGAUAGCAUCGUACAAGUACCGCUGGGUGAGUGUGGCAGCUGAGGAGACUGUGAGCCUUUUGUUCUAUAUAUUCAUGUUCAAUAUGUUUCGGCCGGCAGAGAGGAACCAGUACUUUGUGCUCGAUGAAGAAGAAGAAGAAGCUGCAGAAUUGGCACUCCGUGAGGAAGAGUUUGAGCUUUGAUGGACAUUGAGAAGGAGGUGAACUUAUGUGGGAACUUCCUGGUGCGAUCUUCACAGUGAUUUCAUAUUCUUGCUAUAGGAUUAAAAAAAGGUUAUAAUGUAUUGUACUCUAUUUUGGUUUGAUUGGCACUUUGAUAAUCUCUGAACGCUCUCUUUUGCUUUGACUUGAUCUGUCAUGGAGCUUAAGUAUAAAGUCUUCUAUGUUUGAGGCUUUA